AUGGCCGGCCGGGGCUGCGGAGGCGGCUGCGGGCCGGGUCGCGCGAACGAGGACAACGCGCGCUUCCUCCUGCUCGGCGCGCUCCUGGCGCUCUACCUGCUGGGCGGCGCGGCGGUCUUCUCGGCGCUGGAGCGGCCGCACGAGCGCCAAGCCCGGCAGCGCUGGGAGGAGCGCCUGGCCGGCUUCGGCCGCCGCCACAACCUGAGCCGCGACGCGCUGCGCGGCUUCCUCCGCCACUUCGAGGAGGCCGCGGCCGCCGGCGUCCGCGUGGACGGCGCGCGCCCUCGCUGGGACUUCCCGGGCGCCUUCUACUUCGUGGGCACUGUCGUGUCCACCAUCGGGUUUGGGAUGGCCACCCCAGCGACAGUGGGCGGGAAGGUCUUCCUGAUCGUCUACGGCCUCCUCGGCUGCUCCAGCACCCUCCUGUUCUUCAACCUCUUCCUGGAGCGCCUGAUCGCCGUCAUCGCCCACGUCACGAGGUGGUGCGGCGCCCGGCGGCCGGGGAGGCGGGCGGGCCCGCGCGCCGGGAGCCCCGGGCGGGCGGCGGCGGCGGCCGCGAAGCCGUCGGUGCGCGUCGUGCUGCUGGCCCUGGGCGCCGCCUCCCUGGCGCUGUGCUGCGGGGCCGCCGCCCUGUACGCGGCCGCCGAGGGCUGGGGCUACCUGGACGCGCUCUACUUCUGCUUCGUGGCCUUCAGCACCAUCGGCUUCGGGGACCUGGUCAGCGGGCAGCAGGCGCGCUACGACGGCCGGGGCCUCUACCGCGUGGCCAACUUCGUCCUCCUGCUCUCAGGCGUCUGCUGCCUGUAUUCGCUGUUCAACGUCGUGUCCAUCCUCGUCCGGCAGGCGGUGAACUGGGCCCUGGGCCGGGCGGCCGGCGCGGGCUGCCGGCGAGGCCGGGGACGCGGCGGGCCGCCCCGCAGGAACGCCGUGGGGCCGGGCCGCGUGCGCAGCGGGGGCGGCGGCGCCGCGGAGACGGACGGCGGCUCGGGCGCGCGGCGCCUCUCGGGCGAGAUGGUCUCCAUGAAGGACUUGCUGGCGGCCAACAAGGCCUCCCUGGCCGCCCUCCAGAAACAGCUGUCCGAAGCGGCCAGCGGCCGCCCGCGCCGGGCGAGCACGCCGGCUGUGGACGACGAGUUCUCAGGGGGCGUGGGCGCCUUCGCCAUCAUGAACAGCAGGCUGGCGGAGACCAGCGCGGACAGGUAG